AGAAAAACAAUUAGCCUCUCCAAAAAUAACCCUGGAAACAUGCAAAAAGAUAAUUUCAUCAAUGUCCCUUCCUGAAGAAAACGGAUGGAAUGACUUCCAACCUCUUUGUUUUUACCAAGGCUUUUGGUGGCACUCUUAUUUCAUAGAAAGAGCCCUCUUUGCCCAAGAAAACUUCAAGGCUCAACCGCGCGAUAUUUUUAUUUGCAGCGCUCCUAAAACCGGUACCACUUGGCUUAAGGCCUUGACUUUUGCCACUCUAACUAGAACCCAUUUCAGAAAUUCUCCAAAUCCUUUGCUCUCUAAAGUAUCCCAUGAUUGUAUGCCCUUUAUGGAGAUGGAUUGCAUUGAGAAUCCAUUUAUACCUGAGAAAGAUUUCCCCCUUUGUGCCACUCAUAUUCCAUAUUCUUCCUUACCGAAAUCUGUCAUCGACUCAGGUUGUAAAAUUAUUUACAUUUGUAGGGAGCCAAAGGAUUCAUUUGUUUCACUAUGGCACCAUACAAAUAAGCUAAGACCAAAGAACAAUGAUAACAUUUCUUUAGAGGAGGCCUUUGAGUUGUAUUGUAAUGGAAAAUCUCCUUAUGGACCCUAUUGGGACCAUGCUUUAGUGUACUGGAAAGCAAGUCUGGAAUUUCCGGAUCGGUUGUUGUUUCUAAAGUAUGAAGACGUGAUGAGAGAUACUACAUUUUACUUGAAGAAGUUGGCCGAGUUCAUUGGGUAUCCUUUCUCCUUACAGGAAGAAAAGGAAGGUGAAUUGCAGAAAGUUAUAAGAUUGUGCAGCUUUGAAAAUCUGAGCAAUUUGGAGGUGAAUAAGACUAAAAAAUCUGUUUUCUUCCGUAAAGGUGAAGUUGGAGAUUGGGAAAAUCUGUUGACGUUGGAGAUGGGAGAAAGGCUAGACAAAAUCAUGGAGAAGAAGUUGCGGGGAUCCGGGUUGACAUUCAAGUCUUGAUUGAGAUAUAAAUAUCAAUGUGUCAGUUGUAUUACUGUUUCAAGCAAGGUAAAAAUACAUCUCUAGCUAUUAUGUAGUCCUCACAAUAAUUGUGAUACCUCUCUUGAUUAUAUUUUAACACAUACAAUUGUAGAGGAUUGAAUCGAUUUGGAUAUCUCCCCCUAUCUAAACAAAAAUACGAUGCAACUCUAACA